AUAUACGUGUUGGGCGAUUAUGAAUUUUGUUGUCAAGUUUAUAAUAGUACAUAAAUUUAAUGUAUAAUAAUACACAAAUAUAACGUAAAGCCGUCAUCUUUUCGAUUACUCUUUUGAGAUACGUCGUCAGAAAUUUCUUCUAUUCGCAAAUAUCGAUAGUCGCUUUGGAUGCACUUUUAUUACUUCACGUUUGUCGCAUCCCCCAUCAUGUAUUUUUUCCCGAUGCUCCUUCUUUAUAUUCUUUAUUCAAUGGUCUCAAAGUCCCAGUAUCAACCGAUUAAAUUCGGUCAAUAUGACAUACUUUCUAAUCUUACAAAACAUCCAUUUACAAUAAUUAUUUUAUAUAUAUACUAUUUUUAUGUUGUGACAAGGUUUAGUCAUUACUUUAUACAUGCUAAAAUAUACAUAUAAAUAAAAUUUCAUUAAUAUCGAUUGCUCGAUGGAAUGCUCUUUUGGCUAUAAGAGAGAAAUAUUAAUAAUUCUUUAAAAAAAAAAGAAAGAUUAAUUUAAAAUUGAUUAGGUUCUCUCUAACUUCAGUCAAAAUGAUAUUGGAAUUAAUUGAUCACUUAAAGGAUCCUCAACUAGUUGCAACAAUUCAAGAAUUUUUUGGUGUUAAAAUAUAUUAUGAUAAAUAUGAGGAAUUUAAAUCUAAUAAAACAACUAAAAAAACUGAGAAAAGAGAACAUAUUAGUAUUGAUCAUAAUGAAGAAAAUCAUAUUUUGACUUGUCAUAAUCAAAAAAUGAAUGGCUGUAAUACAAACGGUUCAAAAACAUUCAAUAGAUGCAUAGAACAAAUGGAACUUUUAAAACAGCAAAAAAAUGAAUCAAUGAACAAGGAAGAAACUUUGACAGUUUCAGAAAAUCCACAUUAUGCAAUCACUAAUUCAUUUUGGUAUUAUCUAUUUUUGUUUGGAACUAAACUAGGAGAUGAAAUCUUUUAUUCAUCUUUUAUACCUUUCUUGUUUUGGAAUAUUGAUGGAGCUGUUGGUCGAAAAGUAGUCUUAGUAUGGGCCAUUGUUUUCACUAUUGGGCAAGGAUUAAAAGAUAUGAUUCAUUGGCCUAGGCCAGCAUGUCCCCCAGCAGUUAGAUUACAAAAUAAAUGGUCACAAGAAUAUGGAAUGCCAUCUACUCAUGCUAUGAUUGGUUUUGCGAUUCCAUUUAGCAUAGUAUUAUUUACGAUGAACAAAUAUAUUUAUUCAUCUUUUAUCGGCUACUUUAGUGCUUUAGUUUGGUGUAUACUUGUCAGUAUGAGCAGACUUUAUUUAGGUAUGCACACUGUGUUAGAUAUUGUAGUUGGUUUAAUAUUAACAAUUUUGUUAAUGAUUCCAUUGGUACCUUUAGUAGACAUAACAAAUUCUUACAUCAUUACCAGUUUUUGGUUAUCAGCAAUCCUGAUUAUGGUCAGUAUCGCUGUUAUUGUGUAUUAUCCACUCAGCGACAAAUGGACACCUACCAGAAGUGACACUGCCAUGGCUGUAUCAGUCACAGCAGGAAUUUACAUGGGAGCAUGGCUUAAUUAUUAUACUGGUAUAUUAAGUGCAUCGUUAGUUUCACCACCAUAUCAUAUCGUUUGGCCAACAUAUUCUAUGCUUGGUCAUCUGAUUCUUAGAACUGUACUUGGUCUUUCUAUUGUUUUUGGAACAAGAGUUCUCUGCAAAUACCUCAGCUAUACUGCAGUAUGUGCCAUAUUACAAAUUAAUUGCAAGGAGCUUAUGAAAUGCCAGGAUUAUAAUGGAAAUCGAAAUAAAGUGUUCGUCAAUCUAAUUUACAAAUAUGUAGCAUGUUUCAUGAUAGGUUUAAUUACAGUAUAUUUCUUGCCACGAAUUUUUAGCACGAUAGGUAUAGAACGACCGGCAUUUUAUACAGAAAUAUGAAAAGCUUAAUAUACAAUUUAUAAUAUUCAAUUUUAUAUUGUUCUGCAAAAUAUAUUUUAUAUCUUGUUUAUUUA